CGAUUUCUCGUUUGCCUUGACGUACUUCGCAUAGAAUAGGAGUGCGUGUGCUCAUGAACAGGACGUCGCUCUUCGAGCCACUGGGAAUAAAAGUCACCCAAUGCGGCCCUUGUUCAAAACUUGUGCCUACCAGCACUUCAGUUGACCAUACCGAUACACUACAGGAAUAACCACCAUACGAAGCAGCGCAACUUCAGAAAAAUGUCCAAGAACGCUUGGCAGCAGAGCGAUGAGGAUCCGGGUGCUCCUUUGCCCUCCGGUGCCCCCGAAGGUCAGGUCCAGGACGACUCGUAUGCCACGGGAGCGAAUGAGUCCGUCCCUGUACAGUCGGACGAUGCCAAAGUUGAGGAACCCAUCAAGACCGAGUUGGCCGACACAGACCAGCAACUAGAACAAGAUGAAAGGGAGGCCGUCGACAAGUCUAAUAUCAUUCAGGAGGGUCUCCGACACGCAAAGCCCAGGGGCACAUACAAGGAGCCCGACAAUCAGGAUCUGAUGGAAUGAGUCCAGCUGGAAACAGGGAUGCGCAGAUUGUGCAGAUUGUGGGAGAGAGGGUCGAUGUAUGGUUAGCAGAUCAAACACUAGUACCGGAUCACUCUGGUUCAUGUCGCUCCGGUUUCCAUGGCUUGUCGAUAUCCAGGCAGUGGACUAAACAAGGGGG